CAAUUGACAUUGACAUUUCAGAGAUGUUGUGACGUUUUGAUUUUUGACAUUUUUGAUUGUUAUUCAAUGUUAAAAGGGAAAAUAUUCUUACUAUUGUUUAUAAUUUAAUUUUAAUAUCUUCAAAACCAUGAGCAAAAAGUCGGGUUUAGAUAUCGAACUUGCACCUUUAAGAUCGCUAGACGAUUUUCUUUUACAAGGAGCUGUAUUUCAACUACCAAAUUAUAGGGAUCUGGGAAAAUGGGCCUUCCGAGUCACUAACAAUUUAUUAUAUUAUCAAACGAAUUACUUCUUGUUAGGUCUCGUUAUGUUUGUUAUUGUUGGGAUUAUUCAUCCUGUUAAGGUAAUAUGCGGUGGCUUAGUAAUGUUGCUAAGUUUUGGAACAUUUAUAUACAUCAAUUCUGAAAAGGAAUACGCAGCUCAGUUAAAAGUGAAACACCCCAUAUUGUCUUUGCUCACUAUCUUUGUAACAUUAUGCAUCGUAGCAUAUAUGUUCCAAAGUGUUUUGGUGUUCUCUCUCGGAAUUUUAUUACCAGUGGCAGUAACAUUUAUUCAUGCCUCAUUGAGACUACGAAACAUUAAAAAUAAAUUAGCUAAUCAAGUGGAAGGGUUAGGGCUAAAGAAAACCCCAAUGGGUCUUUUCCUUGAUGAAAUGCUGUAUGAAUAAGGAUUUGCUCAUACUUGUUUUUUUCAGAGAAAUUACUAUCACCUCCAAAGAUAAUUAAACUAAACUCUUGUCAGUUUUAGCUUAAAGCAUGUUUAAAUCCAGUUUAUUUUGUGAUAAUACUUGUUAUUAUGUAAUAAGCUAUAUAUGUAUAAUCUUAGUCAUAAGUGUUUUUGUAUUACUUUAAAAAUCUUAUUAGCUCAUAUUGAAAUAUUUUUAAUAAAGUUUUUAAAAUUAAUUACAAUAAAGAAUAAAAAUAAAAUU